AUGUCCACAGCGAAAGAACGUGUUGCUCUUCUAGUGCCAGCCACUGCCCUGGAGACUCUGGCUGUGAUGGCAACAGGGACUGCUGAUGAGCGACCUACCACUAUAUUCCUCUACGCCAUGUUGAUCAACUUCUUGUUGUUGGCAGGGCCCUUGGUAGGUGCAUCGGUAUUUAUGCGCCAUCCACGCGGUGUGGUUACUCUCGAAUGGAUUCGAAAGAUUCCAAACGAAGGCCUUAUCCACUUCCGGGAAGCCUUGAAUUACAGCUUUGUCCUUGUAACAAGCCAGCAGGCACUGAUGGAUGUGUUGCACACACGAAGCUACGACUUUGUCAAGCCCCAUGGCGGGCGUGAGUUUCUGGCUCGGGGAUUAGGGUACGGGUUGAUAUUAUCAGAGGGAGAAGCCCACCGAACCCAGCGGAAAGCACUCACCCCGGCGUUCAGCAUCAAGAAUAUCCGCGCCAUGUAUAAUCUCAUGUGGGGGAAGACACUCGUCUUCUUACAGCAGCUGGAGCGAGAAAUCUACCACAACCCAACUCCUGGCACGAGUCCCGGUCAAGGGAUAGGCCACGUUGAGAUUGGUAGCUGGGCCAACCGUCUAACAUUAGAUAUCAUCGGGCCCGCGGCUGUCGGCCGCGAUUUUCAGUCCCUCGAGAACGAGAAUGACCCAAUUUCCCAGAAUUUCUCUGCCAUUCUAAAGCCCUCGGGAGAGUUGCUACUUUUGUUUGGAGCAUCUCUUCUGCUUCCGCAAUGGAUAGUUAAGUCAAUCCCGUGUAAAUCGAACAUCGUUCUCCCCAGAAAAGUACGCCAUCUUCGUACACUCUUCCAUGACAUCCUGACAGAAAAGAGAGCUCAGCUGCAGUCAGAAAAAUCCGCAAAUGAAGUGGAUGGAGAUAUUCUUGGUACUAUGAUGAGAGGGGGCGAGUUCAGUGAUAGUGAGCUAGUGGACCAGAUGCUCACUUUUUUAGCUGCUGGUGUAAGUCUGAUUCUAACGCAUUUGCCUAAACCCCUUUUUGAACAACCCAGUAACUGGCCUGAGAUUGGACAGCACGAGACUACCGCCGGAGCUCUGACCUGGUGCUGCUACCACCUUAGCUUGAAUCCAGAUAUCCAAGAAAAGCUUCGACAGGAAAUCCGAGCAACCAUACCUUCCCUAUCUUCUCCUGUCACAUGGCAGGACCUAGAGGGCAUGCCCUACCUGAAUGGUGUGUGCCAGGAAGUGCUGCGUUUGUACCCUACAGUACCGAUGACUGGUCGUGAAGCCGUGCGUCAGACUAGUAUUGCAGGCAAGGUCAUCCCAAAGGGAACUACUAUUGCACUCUGUCCGUACACUAUUAACCGAAGCCCGGAUUUUUGGGGUGAGACGGCAGACCAGUUCCUCCCAGAGCGCUGGAUUGACAGCGACAAGUCUGGAAAGCAGACCCCAAACAAGCAUGGAGGGGCAUCGACAAACUUCGCGCAGAUCACUUUCCUCCAUGGUCCGCGGGCUUGCAUAGGGAAGGACUUUGCAAAGGCGGAAUUUCGAUGUGCGGUCGCUGGGCUGUUUGGUCUAUUCAAUGCCGAAUUGAAGGAUCCUGCGCAGAAGAUUACCUUUGGUGGAACAUUGACAUCGCAGCCAGUUGAAGGGAUAAAUUUAAAGUUGACAAAGGUGGAUGGAUGGGAGUUGAAUUAG